AUGAACUCGCAGUUGAACGGAAAUAAAUUUGUUUAUCGCAAUGGGGAACAAAUCGGUGGCAUUUGUGUGAUUGCUUUCAACGGAGAGUUGGAUUUAAAACACGUAAAACUCAGACUGAGAGGAGAAGCGGAGGUUAAAUGGAGUAAAACAAAAUGGGUCACCAGUGCCAAUGACAGACAGUCCCGGAUCAUCACUUAUCACCAAAUCCUUAAUUUCUUGACACAAGACUUUGAUGUCACACAAACUGCGAAGGCAACGAAAGUGGAAAGAGGUGUCCACAGAAUUGCGUUCGUGUUUCACAUCCCAGAAGAUGUUCCCAACAGUUUCAAAGGCAAUUUCGGACAAAUCCAUUAUUGGAUUGAAGCACAGAUCGAGAAAUCAUUGUUAUCUUGGAAUCACGAAACACAGACCAAGUUCUACCUCUGCUCUCCACUCAAGGCCGUCAAUAAUGCACCCAUAGUCUACAGAAGGCUUCGAGACUAUUGCUGUUGUUUCAUAAAAAGGGGAUCAAUUGAUGUGGAAAUGAGUAUAAAUGAAAACUCUUUCAACGGAGGCGAUUCAAUAGCCGUCUCGUACGACAUCACGAAUGGAAGAAAUUUUGCGAUUAAAAUGAGAGCAACUCUUGUAGAAAAGCAUAUUUUCAAAGCACACAAUAACCAGAAAGACAGUACUGAGAAACACAUCUCAACAGAAGUCCCCUUUAUUGAGGCCGGAAAACAGAGCACAGGAGUGAUACGAGUGCCCAUUCCUGCCAAUGCCAGACCAUCCACCAAAUGCCCGCUCAUUGAAGCCAAAUAUUUCGUCAACAUUUUUAUUGACGACAAGUCUUCGGGACUUGAAUUUAACUUUCCUGUGAUACCCUUUUUGUAA